ACUCCUUCCUGUGGAGGACUGCAGCCUGAGGCGAACAUGAACAUUCUUCCCAAGAAGAGCUGGCACGUGCGCAACAAGGACAAUGUGGCGCGCGUGCGGAGGGAUGAGGCUCAGGCAGCGGAGGAAGAGCGCGAGGCCAAGCGGCGCGUGGAGCGCGCGGAGCAAGAGGCACGUACCGAGUACCUGAGAAGGAAAGCCCGAGCUGCUCUUCCGUCUGCAGGAGAAGGAAGGGAUGAAGAUAACGAUGACGAAAAACCGAGUGGCGCUCUGGAACAUCUCAAUCUUUUCCCUCUGGAGGAGUCCUCAGAGAAGAAAGGCAACGAGGAGUAUCUCAAAGAGAAGAGAGAAGAAAAGGAGAAACAGGAGCGAGCCAUCGGCCUGCUGGUGUCUUUAGGGCCCCAGCCGGGGACUGAGGUGACUCCGUGGUACAUGAAAAGUGACCAAGAAAAAGAAGAGGCAAAGAAAGAGAAAGAUAAGAAGAAGGGAAUAAGCGAAGAGGAGCGAGAGAAAAGGGAUCGCAGAUUGAAGGAUAGUUUGGACCCUUUGAAAGACAUGAAGAAAGCCCUUGCUGUAAACGAAAGAAAGGAACACAAGAAAAAAGAGAAAAGAGACAAAGGGCCGAAGAUGAGCAGUGGAGAGAGCUCUAUAGAGAGGCUACGAGCAGAGCGGUUACAGAGGGAGGCUGAAGAGCGCCGGAGAGCCCAGGCUCUGAUCGAACAGAGGAGCGGCAAAGGCAAGGAGCCCGUCAGGGAGCUGAACGACAGAGAGCGGCCCUACAACACUGCCUACUUCCCUGAGCUGGCUCGGAAACGACAGAGGAGGGAUCGGGAGAGCUGGAGAGACGAGAUCUUGAAGUCUUGAGGAUGACCCAGUGGUACAAGACUGGUUUUUAUAGUGAUGCUGAACUGGAUGACAUCUGAGCCUCUUUACCAACGUCAAGUCUCCAUUUUUAACCCUCCUCUUGUAUUUAAAAAAACAAAAAAAAAAAUCACCAUAUCAGUGGUCCAUGUGGGGUUUGUGGGGUCUUGUUCAGCUGCAGUGUUUGGCUCAUGAGCGCAUCAGCAGGGCAGAUGGUUGCCAUCACGGGGGGCUGGAGGCCCAGGCUGUCAACAAAGACGACACUGUGUGAACAACUGUCAGCACGGCCGUCGAACCGAACGGGCCUCUGAAGUGGGAGCACACUGCACGAUCAGUCAGUUUAGCCAUUAUUUGAUAGGUGGAGAUCAAUCUGCAGUGAUGUGUUGACAUUCAACUAACUUCUGUUAUAGUUCAAGUGAAAAUACUUUUAUAUUUUCUCCUUCCUGUCUCUUUAAAUAUUUAAGUUUUUUCCAAUUUUUCUGGUGUAAAACAAACAAAAAGCUGUCUGUGUUGGUGACGAGAAUGAAAUAAAUUGGUUUGAAUUAAUCAGCAAGUGUUUGAAUAAUUGUUUUUGCUGUUACAGAUCCUUUCAUCAGAGACAUUUUCACAGGAGGAAAAGCUCAUUGACUUCAGGCUGUGAUGCAUUCGGCUGCUGUGAAGUCGGGUUCCUGGUAAUCUUCAGGGUGACUCAGUCAUGCAGUCACGGCUUGCUGUGGCAUUGUUUAUGUUCCACAAUGAUUAGUCAAAAGGAUUAAUGAAGAAAGGUUUUGGAAUUAUUUUUAAAAAUGAGGAAAUGACUAAUUUUCUGAGGAAAUCAUCUAAAAUCUCAUAAUUGAUAUUUAAAAUGAUUUUUUUUUAUGAGCAAUUGUGGCAUUGUGGUAAAAUCAAGUGUUCUCACAACAGUAUUGACAUGUGUUCUGCCAUUAAUUUGCUGUGAUGAUGAGCUGUUAUAUAUGAAGGGAUGUUUCAAAAAGACUUGCCACAGGUGAAAAACAAAGCUUUAUUGGAACAUUUUGUUUACAAAAGUGGUACCACAAUAAAUCGGGUUAUGUGUAUCCCCUUGCAGACUGAACUUACAGCUUCCUUUUGAUGAUUCACACAAUCCAAGCUUGUAUAAAGUAUAUGCAUACCGUGUAUGUAAGUCCUAUUUACAUUUUUGAAUA